AUCCCACUAUCACAAUCACAGUGCGCAAGAAGCGUGAGACUUUACAGCAAGAAACAGAACCUCGAACCACAACUAAUUUCAGCCACAGACAAUGCAUUCCUUCAGCCUCAGCCCACAGUGCGUUUUAACCCUCUGUCGCCGGUCGCUUUGACGAGAGAGUUUCGAGUAUCUGCCGGUUAAAUCCAGACGUCGAGUGCGUAUCUGUUACCGUUAGAGCUGUGAAGCAACGGAAAAUAACAACGGGCGACUCGCGCGUUUACGUCGCGGUGUUCUGGUCUAUGGCUCUAUGGCUCUGUCCCAGUGUCCGUGAGAGCUCAUUUUGGGAGUCGAUGUCGAACCAUUCCGGAAAACAACAACAAUUAAAGCCAAAAUGUGUUUGUAAACCACGCUGGAAAGUUGUUUCACAGCGCAGGACCAAUGGAUCACCCAGAGGAAGAGCUGGAGCAGAUGGCCACAUGGUUUAGGGCAGAGGGACUUGCUCCUGACUGUCCUAAGGAGGCUCAGCUGCAUUUGCUGUGGCGUGCCCUCCGGUGCACCAGAAGCCGUCUUAGCAGUGUGACAUGGGACCUGGACACCCAGCGCUCACAACACCUAGCAGAGAUGGCAGAGGUACGCAAGUCCUUGGAGCAGAUCCGAAUCUUUACGGAGCACAAAGACAUUUUGGCUGAAGAGAUACAAGAUGAAAAUAAUCAACUCAAGGACCAGUUGCGACGCCUAAUAACCCUUCAAGAUUCCCAGAUAAGUGAGGUGGCUAAAAUGCUGUACCAGCAGGGUCUCACAGAGUUGAUCCACAGCAGCCCCAGUGAGCAGGUUGCCUAUCUGCUGGUGGAGAGAGAAUCCUUACUUGAGACGAGUGAGGUUCCCGACAAGCUAACGGAUGAUGGGAACACAGCUAGUCCGCUGGGGACAGAAGCCCAAGCUCUGAAUGCCAAUGCACACCAGUGUUUCCACAAGAGGCCGCCACGACAUUGCCAGAGCCCCUGGAAGAGACUCUUUGGACUUCACAAAGCUUCACAGAGCAAAGCAACUUUUAUUCCUGAUGAGGCCAGGCAUUUGGCUGGCCAAGCAAGCAGUAUGGAGAGGGAAUGUUCUCGUCUGGAGCGGGACCUGGAGGAGGGCUCCCGCCGGCUGGCCAUGGCCCACAAUGAGAUCCGUCGCUUGACUGAUGAGCUGGAGUCUGCUCAUAUGACCCAAAGAGCUUAUGAGCCUGAACUGCAGGCUGCACAGCAGGAAGUGGAACAACUCAGACAUGAAGUAGAAAAACUGAAGAAGUGUGAAAUUGUAGAACUGCGAAGGGCCAAAGAGCUGAACGACCGCCUGGACCUUGAGAUCAGGGCCUUGAGGAACAGGGUCCGCUUCCUGGAUGCUGAGAAGAGCUCUCUGGAGCAGAUGGUUGUAUCUCUGCAGGGGGAGGUGGAGCAGCUGGAGCAGCAGCUCCUGACCUUGCAGGCUCAGGCCAGCCAAGCUAGUCUGUCAACUAAACCCACUGAAUUGAUUCAGAUCGACGAGAUCUGCAGAGAUUUACAGAAUAAACUCAGUCCUCAAUCAAGAUGCCUUUUGGAGAAGGAGUCAGAAAUACAACAAGAGUCGGUUAAUUCUCAGAAAGAUCUGGAUAACCUCUUAGCUGCUAUAUGCACCAAAGAAAACAGUCUUCAGGAUAAAACGCUGUGGAAGCAGAAAGAGGCAGAUUCACGGCAUUGUCAGCUGAAAUGCUCCUUUGCAGCAGAGGAUAAAGGGAUACAGACAGAACUACAGCUGCUGCAGAAUGAAGAAAACCCACUGCAUAUGGAGUCUCCUGAUUGUCAAGAACCACUGAAAAGUCUGUUGGCCACUCAAGACAAGUGCGAAACACUCAAGAAGGAGAUCUGUGAAACCCUUAAAUGUCUCGAUAAAGAGCGAAGUAAAUACCAUGAGAUGAAGGAAAAGCACAAGGCAAAACUGUGUCGGGUCAAACAGAAAUUUGAUGAUGAAACUGCAUGGCGUGAUGAGAAGAUCAAAAAUCUAGAGCGAGAACUGUCCUUAUGCGCCCAUUCAUUAUCAAAGGAAAAAGAGCUUAUCAUAAGUAUAACUGUGGAAAAUGACAAACUACUCGUUGAGAGGAGAAGGCUACUACAACAGCUAAAUGAGGAGGAGCACAACAAGAAAGACAGUAGUCUGACAGCUUCUUUGUCCAAAUGCAGGGUGGAUUUUCUGGAGAUGGAAAACAAGAAACUAAGAAACAAAUUACUCCACAUGUCCAGUCAGCUAGCUGUCCUGGAACGCAGCUUGCAAAACAGGAAAUCACUGCACUUUGCCACCGUACCGGGCACAGAACAAAAGAAAGUAUCUAAUUGUAUGAAGGUUUUUACAUCUCUCCCACCACCUUCAAGUGUGAUGACACCUGAGCCAUCAGAAAUUGAGGAUGUACUGAACAAUACUCAGAGCAAGCAGACAGAAGUGACUUCUUCCCCUCACUGCUUCGUAUCUCGACACAUGUCUCGUUCAGCAGAGAUGGGCUACCUGAAUCUGACCUCCUCUCAGAGCCACUCAGACCCCUCGGCUCCCCCAGCCGCCAUCAGCAGCACAGAAAGUAUGUCUUGUUGAGAUUUUCAGCCAACCUUUAACAUGAAUAUGAUGUACAGAGGUGAUUUUAUUUGUAAGUAAAUUAAAUUAACAAACAAAAUAACAGAAAAAUUGCCCUUUCUUUCUCCAUCUCUUUUUAUGUAUCCCUUUUCAGUUUCACAACAAAAUACUGAUGUUCCUUUAUCCUCACGACUUAACUUCCUCAUGUAAAACAUCCAGUAUAUUUCUGUUGAACAUAAACCGAUAGAAAUCUGUUUAAUAUUUCAUACUUGAAAACAAAUAAAUCUACAGUACUAUGUAAAGGUCUUAGGCCACCAAUAGAUUUGUUAUUUUAGCAGUGCUAUAAUGACCAUAUAUAACUAUUUCUCACUUCUGUAUUAGAAUACAGCCAGAAAAUACAGGAAAUGUGUAUGUAAAAUUAAACUGAAAAAAAAGUGU